AUGGGAAGAGCUCCUUGUUGUGAGAAAAUUGGAUUGAAAAGAGGAAGAUGGACUACAGAAGAAGAUGAGAUCUUGUCUAAAUAUAUUCAGGCCAAUGGGGAAGGGUCAUGGAGGUCAUUGCCCAAAAAUGCGGGAUUGUUAAGGUGUGGGAAGAGUUGUAGACUAAGAUGGAUUAACUAUUUGAGAACUGAUCUCAAAAGAGGGAACAUUUCUGCUGAAGAAGAAGAUACUAUUGUAAAGUUGCACACUACUUAUGGCAACAGGUGGUCCAUGAUUGCUAGCCACUUGCCUGGAAGAACCGACAACGAAAUUAAAAACUAUUGGAAUUCUCAUUUGAGUAGAAAAAUUUACUGUUUCUCCAAAGUAUCCACAACUACAGAGACAAAGACGGUUGAUAUUCCUCCUCCUAAACGCAAAUGUGGUAGAACAAGUCGUUGGGCCAUGAAGAAAAACAAGAUCUACAAAAAACAAAUCACCACUAGUAGUACUAUUACUCAACCUGAUAAUAAAGGGAAAUUAGUUCAUGACGUGGAAGUUAAAACAACACAUGAACAAGAGAAAGAAAAAACAACCACAACCACAACAACAACAAUGUAUGAAUUGUGUGACGACAUCUUAGGAUUGAGAGAAUUAUUAGAGGACAUUAAUGAAGUUAGUGGGGCGUUGUGCAUGGAAAAUUGUUUGCUGGAAACGUGUGGGUCUGUUACAAAUUUAAGUGAAGAGAGAGAAAUGAUGGAAGAAAAUGGAAGAGCAAUGAAUGAUGAUGGUUAUGUGUGUAUUAAUGAUAAACAAGCUUCAUGUGAUGAACCUGAGAGUAGUGUGAAUUAUCAAGGUUCGAAUAAUGAGGAAAGUGGUGAAUGGAAUUGGGAGAGUGUGAUGAAGUUUAGUAUUGAGGAGGAGGAUGAUAGUAGUAGAGAGCAUAAAGAAAAUCUUUUGAAUUGGUUGUGUGAAGAUGAUGAUUGGGAAGGGGAUAGUAAGAUGUUGGGAGAGCUGGAUUCUCAGAAACAAAAUGAUUUGAUUGCUUGGUUUCUUUCAUGA